AUGUGUGAGGCGGCGCGGCACGCCGACGAGCUGCUGGCGGAGGUCGAGGCUGAGAAGCGCGCCAAGGGCAAGAAGGGCAAGAAGAAGAAGAAGGGCGGAGAGGCGAGCGCGGCUGGGCCGUCGCAGGAGGCGGAGGAGGGUGCCGAGGCGCCGUCGGAGGCAGCUGAGGCCGCAAAGAAGGCCGAGGAGGAGAGAAUGAUCAGGCUUCUCGAGAAGUGUCACGAGGAGAGGAUCCGGGCAGCGCUGGAGAAGGCCAACGCGGCGCUCGCGGACGCGACGGCCGCUGCAGAGGCGAGCGCUGCUGUUGCGGCUGCUUCGAAGGCCAAGGCGACCGCUGCCAGGAUGGCCGCGGAUGCAGCCGAGCAGCAGCGCUCGUGA